CAUUGAUGAGCAGCAUUUAUGAGCCAUCACAUGCACCAUUAAUACACAGCAGAGGGAAUUCCUCUCCUCCAAUUCUCUUCUGGAAAACCCUAUUCACAAAAGCUUAGAAAACUGUGAAUUUAUUAUCUUCAAAGAAGAGAAAUUGUGAGUGUGGAGAAAGAAAAUUAAACUAUGAAGCGUUGGGGAAAUCUAGGCGUGGUAGAGACUAUCUAUGAAGAAGAACAUGAGUACUCCAGCUGUACCUCCUCUCCUUCUCCAUCUCCAUCUCCAACUCUCUCCUCUUCUCCUGCAACUCUUCGUUCAAGAGUUGAGGCAUGGUCAAUGGCGAAGGGGCGGAAGACAGACGUGUUGAUACGAGUUCAAGGCACAAGUUUCCAUCUUCACAAGGAUCCCCUGACAUCACGGAGCGUCUAUUUAAAACGGCAACUAACGGACCUCUCCGACUUAACCCUCUCGCCACCGUUAAACAUAACUGCUCAGACUUUCUCUCUCAUUGCUGAUUUCUGUUACGGGGCUCACCUCGUGUUGACGCCGUUCAACGUGGCAGCACUAAGAACAGCUGCAGAAUUGCUUCAAAUGACGGAGACUAACGACGACGACGAGGACCUAAGGGAGAUAACGGAAGCAUACUUCUGUGGAGUCGUUACUAUUAACCGAGAGUACGCGUUGAUUGUUUUCCGUUCCUGUUUAAGUUUACUGCCAGAAGCGGAAACGGCAGCGUUUCUUGUCAGCAGAUGCAUUGAUGCGUUAAGUUUGACGGACGAGGGUUAUAGCACGGUUAACUUGUUUGACGACGUUGUAACGUUGCACGCCGAGGAUUUUGAAAUCGUAGCCGAGUCCAUGAGCCUACGUUUGAGUGGCCACGACGUUCUGUAUGAGAUCGUCGAUCUUUAUUUUAAGGAACACAGUGGCAAGUUAACUGAGGAACAAAAAACCCAUAUAUGUUGUUACAUAGACUGUAACAAGUUCUCAUCACAACUCCUCUUACAUGCUGUGCAAAACCCUAGAAUGCCGCUGCGGUUCAUUAUCCGAGCCAUGCUGACUGAGCAGCUCAAUACACGCCGCUCCAUCGUUUCAGCGUCUUAUAAUCACAAUUCUCACCGGCAUCAUCAGUACUCCAGAGACCCCAUUACGCUUGGUGCGAUCCUCCAACGGGAUGCAGCUCUUCGCGAAGCAGCCCAACUCAAAGCUGCAAUGAACGCCACAAGUUCGCGUAUCCAAAACUUGGAAAAUGAGCUUGAUGGGAUGAAGAAGCUGUUGAUUGAGACUGAGAAGGAAAGAAGUGAACUGACUGAGAUGAAUAAGCUUUUGGUUGAGCCUGCGGAGAAGGAAAGAUGCGUAUUAGUGUCAGGUAGGUCUGCGAGUUUCCAUCAUGUGACGGAGAACAGUAAGAUUGAACGAGGUGAAAGAGGUUCAGUUUCUUCUUUGAAUAUUAGGUUUAGUGGUGGCAGAGAAGAGGGAAGAGCAUUAGGUUCUUCAUCAUUUGAGGGUUCACGUAAUGGGAAUCCAAGAAUGAAGAAGAAUAUUUCUCUGAGAUUGAUAGCUGGAUUAAAAAGAACUUUUCGGGUAUCUAAACAUGGGUCUGAUAAAAGCAAGAUUUCGAAAAGAGUGGAAGGUGAUAAAGCAGGAGACAUUGAAGAUGGUGGAGAUGAAAUGAAGAAGUUAUGGUUAUGAUAUGAAAGACGGUUUAGUGUAAUUACCAUUCUUUACUCCCAAAUU